AUGGGGACGCCCGCACCACCGAUUCCUCAGGGCCUUGCUCGUGUUGCCCCGCGGCCGUGCGCGAGGCGCCGCCGGGCCGCACUUCUCGAGCUGCCGCCGGCCUGCCCUGCAUCUUCCUGCUCCACCACGUCAGCAAGCAACAGCGCAAGGAUAGGCUCGGGGAAGAAGGGUGAAUACGGGCUCGUCGAGGGCCUCGCUGCCGUCACCAGAUCCCCUCCCUCGCUUUGCGCAGGAUUCCACGAGAUCCAUCUACUCGAUGUAAAGGAGUGUGAUGCUCUCUGCUCUCUGCUCUCUGCCCAGGAUACAAGGGACAGCUACGAGCAAAUGCCUGUGCAGUUUCCUGCUGGCUGUAAGUUGAAUUUCUAUGGCAGUUUCCUGGAAUCUGAUCCAUCUGCUGACAUUGUUGUUAAUCUUUCUCCGUCAAAACCUGUGCAAGAUCCAGAGGUUGUAAUGGAUGCAAACCAUGACCAAUAUUUAGUACCCAAUUCAAUGUGCAUGUGA